AUGACGGGUGAGACGACCGUUCCCGGGGCGCCCAAGCCCGAUACGUGGAUAGAGGUAGUGGACAAGAAAACCGGGCUGAUAUAUUACUGGUGUAAACGAACUGGCGAGACGACGGUGCUUGGGGAGCCGAAGCCGGGGCCGUACGGCCGUAAGGCCCAAUUCGACACGGAGGAUUUGCAUGUUGAGGGCGAGGGUGGUCAAGGGAGGGCGGGUGCGGAAGGCCCCAGUUUGAUGCGGUUGGUGGCAAAUCCGCUGAUUAUCGGAGUGUCCCUAUUGGCGGUGCUGGGGAUAGCGUACGAGAGCUUUUUUAAGUAG